AUGCCCCACCCACCGCAAGGUGCCGCCAGCUCCAAAAAGCGCGUCGGCAAAAUCUCUUCGCCUUUCCUUCCUCCCAACUUCCAUCCACCACCACCCCAAACGCGUAUCGUCAACGCCGCCGCGUCGCAGCACGAACGUCGCACAUCGAAGCUUCACGGAUUCAAACUCAUUCUUUUUGAAUCCGUCGCUGAGAGGUAA